UAUGGGGUUAGAAAAGGUGAAAGGUGAACAUUUCAUGGAACUAGCAUCAUGAGAGUCAUGAAUGCUGACUUAUCAAACAGAGUCCAAUAAGAACUACCUGUCAAUCAAGUUUAAUGGCAAGCCUGAAGCUGAGCUGAAUGAACUUCGCCAACUAGGGGAACCUAUCGCAACAAGCAUAUGGAUGCCACCGUGGCUACGACCAUGUUCAAAAGUUUUCUGGAUGUAUUCGGAUACCUUGAUUCCCUAUGUGCCUUGGGGUCGCGAGAUACAUGGAGUCUGCAAGCUCCCGCAAGGUUAUACGCUCGCAUUCGUUCCUCGGCACGCGAAGGUGAGGCCGGCCAAGUCUCUAGACGAAAGGCAGGAUAACGAGCUUGAAGAAAGAUUCGACAGUACAAUAUCUGCAUCUUUCAGCACCAUUAAGGCUGUGGUGGCGAUUUUGCAGACACUGUAUGCCUCCUUCACCUUAUACCGCACCCGAGGGGACCAGUUAGUUCAGUACGGAUACGCGGCCUUUGGUCUAACGGUGACACCGUACUUGGUUAUGUCCAUCAUCAACCUUAUUGGGAACAUGGUAACUCCCGAGUAUGCGGCCCUAUACAUGGUAAGGUCUGACAUCAUGAAAGAGGCUAGAGGGAGGGGAGCAGUGAUUGAUGGUGAAGUUGGCGAGAUUGUUCCGGAUGAUUAUUCGAUCUGGUCUUUUGGAGUUCCAAACGAGCUUUCUGGGUCUUUCACAUCCAUAGAUGAAGAUCGCCUAGGCUUAACGAAUAUCACAUACUCUCCGUCGGAUACGGUGGUUCGUCAACCAUCAGACGUCGAGUCGGUAAUUAAGCCCGAGUCGACGGAUAUCACCAAUGACGCAAACCCAUCAGUUAUACCCGGACAAGAAAUCGAAAAUGAUGAGAAAGUUUCCGAGAUAGGAUCUAACGAGAAACCCGUUGCUGAUACCGAUGCACCGAUCGAGCUUAAAUGGAUGGGUAUUGAAGCGCUCAAGUCGGAUCCGCAGCCUGAGCCUGAACCUGUCUUGCUAAUUCCGAACUGUGGCAACUUCGCGACAACACGCCGUCCUGUGAACAACUUACCAACAGGGAUAUCCGAUAUCAGCCAACUUUCUCGCAGGGAGCGGUCCAGGCUAAAACAUAGCGGCCUAAUAUCGUACCUGGUUAUCCAGACCGUGAAUCUCUUCAUUACCGGCAUUUCCAUAGCUGUCAUCGGCGGGCUAUCUGGCUUCCAUAAGGGCAAUAGCACAACAGCGCAGCGUGUGUGGACUAUGAUGUGGCUUGUAUUUGGAUUUCUGAUGGGUCCGAAUUUCGUGGCACUUCCUUCUGCAACGUCUCUGGUCACCUUAUUUAGAUCUGCAAAGCGAGAGGACCAAGAUCCCCAGUCAUCAAGACAUUUCUUCACCUGGGGUUUCAUAACUGCCCUCAUCUAUGGCGUCCCUGGGUUUGGAGGCUAUGUCAUCGUGGGAAAGAUGUUGUAUAAGUAUGGGAACUGUGUUUCUAUAGACUGAAAAUGGCAUCUCUGCUCUCGAGUAAAGGUGGCAACAAUACCUAGGAUCAUGAAUCUUGGUACUUUUCGACCAGCAGAGGUGGGAUAAGUUUGUCGAGUUUCUAGCUGUCGUCAACCGAGAAGACAGGGCUGGGUUCAUUCAUAAGCUGCAAGGGCCUGUUAAGCAGCGAAUAUUCCGUAAUCGAAAUUAACGUAACUUGCAGUUAUCGGUGAGGUCCGGGGAGAUAUUAUGGUUAUUGGAAGUGUUGAAUUGAUAUUAGCAACAGUAUAUUGAAGUUCAAUAUGCAAAUUUACUUCGUAUGUGAUAGUACUUACAAUUGUAUCCCUUCAUAAAUAGGGGAAAGUGCAUUACCUAAUCUAUGGUAUAUAAAGAUUCGCUUAACAUAGAAAUAUGAAUAUAAACGAUAAUCCUUGUAAAGGGAUCAAUUAUAAG